ACCAAAAAUGUUCAAGAAUUACAAAGAUCUGUGUGAUGUGGUGUCCCUUCUUGUGUAUUGUCCCAGCGAGCGAUGUUAUUUGUUCACGAAGGAGUCGAGCGGUGAAACAUGGCUGCCCUCCAGCAAAUGCGAGAAGAACUGCUGGAAGAUGACCGCUCAUAAGAUUAAUUUUGAGUUAUUCGGCAUAGACGCUGGUACCAACUGCCAUCCUCUGCGGGUUUACAAGAUCUGGCUGCCGAACCAUUCACUCAACUGCGUGUACCAUGCGGUCUACAAAGUGGCCAUCAAAGCAGACGUGAAGAAGAGGCUUAAAUAUAAAGCUGGCAUGCGGAAUCGGCUGCAAUGGCUCAACAUGUCAGAGCUGGAGCGCCAGAAGGCCCACUCCAACCUUCGCAGUCCAGAAGUUAUUGCCUUCGCUCUCAUGACUAACGGCGAGCUGAAAGAUUCUGAUAAAGAUUCGGAGGUAGAAUCUGGCUCAUUGAUUGAAAUAUGUGAGGAGAAUAUAGUGAUUGGACAAGACGUGGCUGGUGGCGCAGUGGCCAUGGCCUCCCCUAACCUGCAGCUGCUACAAACUGCCGGCUACACCCGAGAAGAUCAAAUUAGAAUGUACCGCGAGUUCGUGCUGAUGGUGUACCCAGCUAUCUACAUGAGCGUUAACAUCUUCAGCCAGUUUAUGAUCGAUCUUGGUUGGCAGAGGACUCAGUGUCAAAAUCUGUUCAGAGCGGCAGAUGUGACUGGGCGUGGAGGACUAUCAUUUUUAGAGCUGAUGCUGUGGGCAGCUGCCUUGGAGCCAGCCACUCAGCACACAGGCAUACCAGCUGAAAUAAGGUGCAGAUACAUAUUCAGGUUCUUCGAUAGUAACCGUGACCUAAAGCUGGAGUAUGUGGAGUUCAAGGAGCUGGUGGCUGCCGCCCGCGCAGCGAGACAACUACCCAUCGAUGCUCUCAGCGUCGCGAGAGAUGCUGAUGUCUGUCUAAGACAACUGGGAAUGCAGCCAAACUCCCAGCUACCUCUAGCCGAGUUUCUUAGAGGAGUUGGUGAGCUCCGCCUGAGAGGAACCAGUUCACUGCUGCGGGCACCCAGGAGUAUCUCCGCUUACAUUGUGGACUUGCAAGAACGUGAACAUGAAGCGUCACAACCUUCAACCUCGACUACAAUGAAGUUUCAACCGGGAACAGCUGCGCUGGCCCAGCAGGGCUCGUGCUCGGCCGGCGCGGGGUCCGCGCGCCGCGCCGCGCGCCCCGACUACAGCGUGGCCGUGUACACCGUGCGCAUGCGCCGCCGCCCGCCCAACGAACUGCUGGAGCUCAAUAACUUUGACGAGGAUGCAGUGAGCCCGUCGACCGCGCACCUGAUGGUGAACGCGGUGCACUCGUUCGACGUGCUCGGGCCCAGUUGUGCGCCUGUGGAGGCCCUGGCCGCUGUCCACUACUUCGCUACUAAUGUUGAAAGGCCGCAUAAUCGGCGGCCAUCCGGCGGCAGUUCCGUGAACAUGGUGAAGCCGGCGUGGGCGUGGACCACGCCGGCAGAGGAGGCGGCGCUCGGCUCACUCCUGCUGCGCCUGGCUGAAGCUGUUAAACCUAUUUGUGCUAACGAGCCGAGGCUACUGCGUCUGUCCUCGCCUGUCUAUGCAGUCGGAGACCUGCACGGCAACCUGAGCGCGCUGCUGACGAUGGAGGCGGCGCUGUGGCCGUCGGGCCCGGCGCUGGCGGCGGCGCGGCUGCUGUUCCUGGGCGACUACGUGGACCGCGGCUCGCACGGCACCGAGCUCAUGGCCUACCUGCUGGCCGCCAAGCUGCAGCGCCCCGACGCCGUGCUCAUGGUGCGCGGGAACCACGAGACACGCGACAUACAGAAGAUGUUCACCUUCUACAAUGAGUGCCUGGUCAAGUAUGGCGAAAACGAAGGGCUGAAAGUAUGGAAUGCUAUAAACAACGUAUUCGACGUGCUACCGCUGGCAGCUGUUAUUGACGACAAAGUGUUUUGCUGUCACGGAGGCAUCCCUCCUCCAUGGGUGUGUCCUCUCAUAACUGCAAUCGACAAGGUACCAGUGCCUCUAACGAAACCUGCUGAGCAGAGCUCUAUUGCUUGGGAGUUACUGUGGAACGAUCCUAUUAAGCCAAACAAAAUAACAGCGACCCUGCAACUGGAGUUGUCUUCGAACGAAGGGUUCGCCGCCAACACGAAGCGUGGUACAGGCCACGUGUUCGACCAGACCGCGCUGGAUCGGUUCCUCGUCGCCAACCAGCUCUCACACGUCGUGCGGGCUCACGAGCUGCAUCAGAAUGGGUUUAUGUGUCAGCUUCGCGGUCGCCUGGUGUCAGUGUUCUCAUCAUUCCACUACUGCGGUGGUACCAACGACUCUGGCGUGGCCUUGCUCGAAGGCGGGAAACUGAGGCUCAUGCGAGUCAACACUGACUGAACUACACCAGGGACUACAUCACACGAGUAAGUUUACUUUCAUUCCGUUCAAAGACAAAAUUGUGCCAGUAUAGUUUCGUCCAGUUUGUAAAAUUCAAUUAAAAUACAAAAUGAUUUCAA